AUGGAAGCCACGUACAGAAAAAGUAAGGGCAAUGCCGGACUGGACGGAGUAAAGUUCCAAGUCAGCCUGCUGGCUGUGGUUGUAUUGAAUGCUUAUCGAAAACUCAAAGAUUGUAAACUUUCCUCCGAGAAUCAAGAUGCUGCCAAGUUCGACGACCUCGUAUUGGAGCUGCCUGACGGUAGCGCCGUCCUUCUUCAGGCCAAAUUCAAAGCCAGCAAGAAGAUCACCAAGCAACAACUACUCUCGACCAACUCCAAAACCUCAGACUUCAGUCUGGCCAAAUACUUCUUCUCGUAUCAGGAGAUCAAGGCGAAAUUCAACGUGAAAAGUAUUAUUGUCUGCACCAAUGCAAGUGUCGAUGGUAAGGGCUUAGAAGGCGCUUUAAUCCGUCACCGCGUUGAUCAAGACAACGCGUUGUACUACGAUGAAGACAACUUUCCCUUUUUCACAUUCAGCGAAAAAAUGUUGCCUAAUUUAAAAGCGAACGCUGAAAUUUACUUUAAGGAUAAUUUACAAAACAAGGGAAUCGACGAGGCGGUAAUUACAGAAGAGAAUAUAAAGGAAUUUUUGGGAUACUUGCAAUUUAUUUUUAACUAUCGGAGUGGAGAGCGUAUGCCCAAGGUUAUCGAUCAAUUGCUGUUACCGCUGAAAGAUUCCAGUUUGGUGGGCAAAAUAUCUUCCCAAGACGUAUACAACAAAGUGGAGGACUGGUUCAAACAACCAAAGGGAGAAUACUUAACAGACAUUCGCCUAAAAGCGAUGUUCAUUGAAAUAAGGAGCGACAAGUACUGCUUAUCCCUAAAAGACUACAACGUCUCGAUGGAAAACAACAAUUUGAACUUUACAGAUUCAAAAAGAAUAUAUCACGUGGUAGCCGAAGGGGGAUAUUUGCUGCAGUCACUAAAAAUUUACCAGGCUUUGCAGAAGUGUAGCGGUAGAAAGCUCUAUGUCACUCCAGACGAUGACGCAGAAGUACUAGAAGAAGCAAUAAACGCGUUUGAUCUACGUCGCUACACCUAUCUGAUAGUUAUUUGGGCAAACACCAACGACGAAUCUAUGACAAGUGAUAAGCUAGGAGAGAUAUUGGAGAAAUAUCAGUACAAAAAAAUUAUUUUGGUUGCCGAGGCCGAAAACGAGCUUCCUAGGCUCAUGGGACUAAAAAAUAACGAUUGCAGUGUUAUUGAUGGAUUUGUGACACUAGAAGAUCUAGCAAGAGAUGCUAAGGAGAGAAUAUUACGAAGAAAAAAUAUAGUAUUUCAAGGAAAGAGUGUUAGCUUAGAAGAACUAUUGCCGCCGCAAACUAUCGAAAAUUAUGGGAGUAUUAUACAUUCAGAAAUUCUGGAAACACUACUGAGAGAGGAAGAAAUUAAAGUGGGGACCCCACCUGCAGAUUUAGACAAACACACUCAUCGAUACUACGUAAGUCGCACUUUUGAAAGAACGGUUGACAAAACCGUGGACAUAAAGUGGAAUAAAGACGGAAAAAUGAAAACAAGCAUACCACAAGGAAUUGAGAGAGGUGAGAAAACAGAAGAGACUAUUCCAGAGAACAACAUUUUUGAUGUCGACGACAAACUCAUACUCAUAGCGGAUAUCGCGGGAAUGGGAAAAAGCACUAUUCUAACCAGAUUGGCGAUAACCAUAAAAAUAAACAACCCCUACCUAUGGGUAAUUAAAAUCGAAUUAAAUGAUUAUACAAAAAUUUUAAGAGACUUGAUAAGGAACGGUAAAGAAAUUGUAACUGUAACGGAGUUAUUGAAUUCCAGGGACGCGACGAAACUGACGAAUCGUCUAGAAAAACAUGUAUUCACCGUGAGCCAGAAAGUCGUGUUGAUGCUGGACGGGAUCGACGAAAUCAGUCCCGAUUACACGCGGCUUAUUCUGAAUUUACUUCGACAGUGCCUGGAAGAAUAUAAUUUUCUCAAAAUCAUAGUUACUACCAGAUCGCACAUGUCCAAAGAUCUGGAGACGACCUUGAAAGUGAAGCCGUUCCUAUUGCAGCCGUUCUCAUACCAAAAUCAGUUGGAUUUCCUAACGAGUUAUUGGGCCCAUAAUUUGAAACUAAAAGACGGUACGAGUAAAGCGAAAUGUAAGCGAUACGCAGAGGCACUCAUAAGUAACAUUUCAUGGACGCACUUAGAUGAUAACAAAGACAAUCACUUCGCCAGCGUGCCGCUGCACUUAAGAAUGGCGGCUGAGAUUUUCCAAGAGAACACCAAAUUGAACGAGUCGACAGACUGGAGUGGGUGCAGAGAGUAUAUAAGGGGGGAUGAAACGGAAGCGAAACUAACAAAAAGAAUGAACGUGACAAGGCUAUAUGAGUUGUUCGUCGAAAAGAAGAGAGACAUAUUUAUGGAUAAAGGAAAUCCAACUGGGAACACGGCGGCCAAUCAAGCGCUCACGGAACAAUUCCACCAGUGUCUUGUCUACCACCAAAGUCUGGCCUUGGAAGUGAUCCUAGGCGAAGAUAAAUGUCGCUACUUCUCCAGCUACACACAAGGCGAUAAAAGCGUGGAAACAAACGUGUUAAAGAUAGGCGUGGUGCAAAAAUUGGAUGGCAAGUUUCACUUCGUCCACAGAACAUUUGCUGAUUACUUUGUAGCGGAGUGUUUGCUAGCAGAAUUACAGCGAAACCAAACUUUAGAAUUUCACACAUUUCUUAUAGACACAAUACUACUUCAACCUCGAUAUAACACUACCCGUAUUUUCUUUGAUAACUUUCUGCAGAAGAUUGUAGAUACUCUGCCUUCUACUAUUUUCGAUAAAUAUAGAUCCGUUAAACAAGAGAGCACCUGGGAAUCCUAUAAAUUACAAUCGGAAUUAAUACAUCUCCUGGCGCGAGAAGGUUGCAUGACAAUCCUUCAGUUCCUUCUCAAUUGUAUAGGUUUCAAAACCAUUACAGACAAAGUAAUAAAUGUCAGAGAUUUUUACGAGAGUGAUUUUGAUGUUAAAGACAACACGUUGAAUGUUUUACAGCAUCUUACAAGGAUAGCUGGGAUUAAUAUCACAGACACGCAAGGUUGGACGCCACUUGUCUCGGCAACUCUAAUGAGUCAUUUCGAGACAGUCAAAUUCCUUGUUGAACUUGGUGCAGAUUGUAAUAUUAAAAAUAACGAUGGUUUUACGGCCCUACACGCUGCAGCUCAAUCUGGUCGGUUGGACAUAGUGAAGUUCCUGGUAGCGUAUGGUGCAGAUUGUAAUAUUAAAUUGAUGAGUGGUCUUACAGCUCUGCACGUCGCAGCUAUACGUGGUCGGUUGGACAUAGUGAAGUUCCUGUCAGAAUAUGGUUCAGUGUUCAAUGUUAGAACAUUUUCUGGCCACACUCCACUGCAUAUGGCGAGUGAACUUGGUCAUUUGGAGAGAGUCAAAUUCCUUCUUGAACUUGGUGCAGAUUGUAAUAUUAAAUUGGACACUGGUGAUACAGCUCUGCGCGUCGCAGCUGUACAUGGUCGGUUGGACAUAGUAAAGUUCCUGGCAGAAUAUGGUUCAGAGUUCAAUGUUACAACCUUUUAUGGCCACACUCCACUGCAUAGUGCGAGUGAACGUGGUCAUUUGGAGACAGUUAAAUUUCUUUUUGAACUUGGUGCAGAUUGUAGUAUUAAAAGAAGGAGUGAUGGUCGGACAGCCCUGCACUCAGCAGCUGCAUGUGGCCAUUUGGACAUAGUGAAGUUCCUGGUAGAGCAUGGUUCAGAGUUCAAUGCUAUAAGCCUUGAUGGCUUUACUCCACUAUAUUUAGCGAGUUACAAUAAUCAAUUGGAGACAGUUAAAUUCCUUGUUGAAAUUGGUGCAGAUUGUAAUAUUAAAGAAAACAGGCGUAGUUUUACGGCCCUGCUUACUGCCGCUGAACGUGGUUGGGCGGACAUAGUGAAGUUUCUGAUAGAUUAUGGUUUAGAUUUCAAUGUUACCGACUGUUUUGGCAACACUCCACUGCAUUUUGCUGUCAACUAUGGUCAUUUGGAGACAGUCAAAUUCCUUCUUGAAGUUGGUGCCGAUUGUUAUCUUAAUAACAAUAAAAUCCUGCACAAAGCAGCUACACGUGUUUAUUUGAAUAUGGUGAAAAUUAUGGUAGAGCAUGGUUUAAAUGUCAAUUUGAAGGAUAAGCGAGGCAAAACUCCAUUACAUUGCGCUAGUAACCGUGAUAAAUCGGAAAUAGUCAAAUUCCUUCUUGAAGCUGGUGCAGAUUGUAAUAUUAAAGACGAUGGCGGUUUUACGGCUCUGUACGGUGCAGUUUGCAGGGGCACGCUUGGCACAGUGGAGCUCCUCCUGAAGUUUGGUUCAGAUAUCAAUAGUGCAAACAAUGAUGGCUGUACUAUAUUAUAUUCAUUGAUUUACCAUAAUAAUUUGGAGCGAGUCAAAUUACUUCUUGAACUUGGUGCAGAUUGUAAUAUUAAAAGCAAUAAUGGUCGGACGGCUUUGCACGAAGCAGCUGAAUAUGGUCAUUUGGAUAUAUUGAAGUUCUUCAUUGAACAUGGUUUAAACAUCAAUGAUACCGAUAGUUUGGGAUUCACUCCACUAUAUUCAGCUUGUGAACAUGGUCAUUUGGAGACAGUUAAAUUCCUUCUUGAACGUGGUGCAGAUUGUAAUAUUAAAAGCAAUAAUGGUCGGACGGCUUUGCACGAAGCAGCUGAAUAUGGUCAUUUGGAUAUAUUGAAGUUCUUCAUUGAACAUGGUUUAAACAUCAAUGAUACCGAUAGUUUGGGAUUCACUCCACUAUAUUCAGCUUGUGAACAUGGUCAUUUGGAGACAGUUAAAUUCCUUCUUGAACGUGGUGCAGAUUGUAAUAUUAAAAGCAGCGAUGGUCGGACAGCCCUGCACACAGCAGCUGCACGUGGUCAUUUGGACACAGUGAAGUUCCUGAUUGAACAUGGUUCAGAUUUCAAUGCCACCGACAGUUUGGGAUUCACUCCACUAUAUUCAGCUUGUGAACAUGGUCAUUUGAAGACAGUCGUAUUCCUUCUUGAACUUGGUUAG